AUGGCUGCGCCAACCAUUCGCAUCCAGGGUGCCGUGGUUCUGGCUCUCCUCCUCUCAGCUCUGAUUAUUCCCCCCGCGUCUGCCAUAAGGCUAGGGAUGCGAACUCAAGUUUUGGCAUCAGUGAGUGGCCCUCUAGUGAUGUGUGGCUCUGGCGAGACGGAGGGGUCAGCCCAGCUGGAGCUCGUGAGACGGGGCGUGGCUCUCUUCCUCACAUACAAGCUCACCACCCAGGCCGGCACUCGCCCCUCCUCCAAACCCCACCUCCUCACCGCCAACCCCUGCCCCUCCUCCUCCACCACCACUGCCACCACCGCUUCUCUCUCCCUCGACCCGGCUCUCUCGGCUCAUCUUGGCAGCUCUCUCACCGCCAAUCCCCUCAACGCCACCGCGGGCGCUGCUGCUGGAGCCUCAGCCAGCCUUCUCAACACCUCCGCGGGUGUUGGCGCUACCGUUGGGGCGUCUCUUCCCAACGGAACGGUGGACGCAGCUGGGGGAGUAUCUGGCUCCAUAGGCCUUCUCAACACGUCAGCCGGCAUUGGCGCCACCGUGGGGGCGUCUCUUCCCAAUGGAACGGUGGAUGCAGCAGGAGGAGUCUCGGCUUCUACUGGCCUCAUGGGCACAUCUGCUGGUGUUGGCGCUACUCUUGGAGCGUCUCUUCCCAACGGAACGGUGAACACAGCAGGCGGUGUCUCUGCCUCCACUUCUCUACUCAACACAUCUGCAGGGGUGGGCGCUGGUGCCGUCGUCUCCCUCCCCAACGGCUCUGUCGCUGCAGCGGGUGAUCUCUCUGCUUCCACCGCCCUCCUCAACACAUCCGCUGGUGUUGGAACCACCGUUGGCGUCUCCCUUGCCAACGGCUCUGUCUCUGGAUCCGGUUCUCUGGCUGCUUCCACCGGCCUCCUCAACACAUCAGCCGGGGUAGGAGCCACGGCUGGGGUCUCCCUUCCCAACGGCACUGUCGGUGCAACGGGCGGCGUUGCUGCGUCCACGGGGCUGCUCAACACGUCUGCUGGUGUGGGCGCCAGCAUUGGCGCUUCCCUUCCCACGGGCACUGCCUCAGCAGCAGGAGGCCUCUCUGCCUCCUCCGGUCUCCUCAACACGUCAGCCGGCGUGGGAGCAGGAGUGGGCGUGUCUCUCCCCAAUGGAUCUCUCUCCGGCUCUGCCUCCCUUGGUGCCUCCUCCUCUCUCCUCAACACCUCAGCCGCCGCCGGUGCUGCUGUCAAUGCAGGCUCGGGUGGCGUCAAUGCCAACCUCGGAGCCUCGGUGAACCUCGGAGGCUCGGUCUCCGGCCUCAUCUCCGGUGUGGGCGGGGCUGUGGGGAACCUCGUAGGCUCGGUGGGCAACAUGGGAGCCUCGGUCGCGGUCUCUCUCUCCCCGAUUGCGGUGCUGAACGGUGCGUGGGUGGCUACAAGUGGUGGCGCCUACGCCAUGGUCGGGCAGACUCGAGUGUCGGCAGCGCUGGCAUCAGCCCUCGUGACCCGCAUGUCCACCAACAUGCCUAUCUUCCUGCACGUGCACGUGGGAGCGCAGGGCAGCCUUGUAGCCAGGAUGGAGUAG